AUGCACCAGACAAUUGACACUGGUAGUAGUGGCUUGUUGGCGAGAAGCCGCCGCUACGGUUGGACGGUUACUAGUACUACUGCUACAGGGUCACCAAGCCGCUGCCAACAGCCAACCGCCACAUUGAACCCGCUGGCCGCUCCCCCCCACUCGAGCAUUGUCGCCUCCGUCAUCUCUGCACCUCUGCACCUCUGCACCUCUGCACCUCUGCCACCUUCAAACUCCACACGCACCAUCAACUCCACCUUGGCUGGCUGGUCAAGGCCGAUCCCAGCUGCCCAGCCUGCCCAGCCAGCUCAGCUCUUCCGCUACUCCAGUGCCUGCUUUCUGCCUGUACAGUCUGGUGCUGGUUGGUGCCUGCGUUGCCUGCCUUUGCCCUGGCUCCUGGGCCCAAGUGCUGUCGUCGUAUCCCAGCACAGACUGGCCUGA